GGGCUGGGGAGCUGCUCCGAGUCUGGCCGGGGCGCACCCCAGUUCCGAGCGCACGCCGCUCACCGGAACUUUGUGGCGGCGCCGCAGGUGUGGGGGCCCGCGGAGGUGUGCAUGCGGGGCGCGAGGGCGUCGCGCAGAGCGGCCGCUGCCCUGUCCGGCCCCCGCUGGAGCAGCCCGGAGGCAGCGAGCAAGGAGAGAGGCAAGCGAGAGGAGGGGGCCCGAGCAGGGCGGGCGGCCAGUCCCGCUGGUCCCCUCUCAGCGCUCUGCGGCCGCUGCUGGCUCAGGGGCCAAGGGUCGGAGCGCUUCACCCGCCCGUACCCAGUAGCAGGUGUGUGCCCUCUUCCUGAUUCUGGAGAAAAAUGCCGGUCCGGAAGCAAGAUACCCAGAGAGCAUUGCACCUUUUGGAAGAAUAUCGUUCAAAACUAAGCCAAACUGAAGACAGACAGCUCAGAAGUUCCAUAGAACGGGUUAUUAACAUAUUUCAGAGCAACCUCUUUCAGGCUUUAAUAGAUAUUCAAGAAUUUUAUGAAGUGACCUUAUUGGAUAAUCCAAAAUGUAUAGAUCGUUCAAAGCCGUCUGAACCAAUUCAACCUGUGAAUACUUGGGAGAUUUCCAGCCUUCCAAGCUCUACUGUGACUUCAGAGACACUGCCCAGCAGCCUUAGCCCUAGUGUAGAGAAAUACAGGUAUCAGGAUGAAGAUACACCUCCUCAAGAGCAUAUUUCCCCACAAAUCACAAAUGAAGUGAUAGGUCCAGAAUUGGUUCAUGUCUCAGAGAAGAACUUAUCAGAGAUUGAGAAUGUCCAUGGAUUUGUUUCUCAUUCUCAUAUUUCACCAAUAAAGCCAACAGAAGCUGUUCUUCCCUCUCCUCCCACUGUCCCUGUGAUCCCUGUCCUGCCAGUCCCUGCUGAGAAUACUGUCAUCCUACCCACCAUACCACAGGCAAAUCCUCCCCCAGUACUGGUCAACACAGAUAGCUUGGAAACACCAACUUACGUUAAUGGCACAGAUGCAGAUUAUGAAUAUGAAGAAAUCACACUUGAAAGGGGAAAUUCAGGGCUUGGUUUUAGCAUUGCAGGAGGUACGGACAACCCACACAUUGGAGAUGACUCAAGUAUUUUCAUUACCAAAAUUAUCACAGGGGGAGCAGCCGCCCAAGAUGGAAGAUUGCGGGUCAAUGACUGUAUAUUACGAGUAAAUGAAGUAGAUGUUCGCGAUGUAACACAUAGCAAAGCAGUUGAAGCGUUGAAAGAAGCAGGGUCUAUUGUACGCUUGUAUGUAAAAAGAAGGAAACCAGUGUCAGAAAAAAUAAUGGAAAUAAAGCUCAUUAAAGGUCCUAAAGGUCUUGGGUUUAGCAUUGCUGGAGGUGUUGGAAAUCAGCAUAUUCCUGGGGAUAAUAGCAUCUAUGUAACCAAAAUAAUUGAAGGAGGUGCAGCACAUAAGGAUGGCAAACUUCAGAUUGGAGAUAAACUUUUAGCAGUGAAUAACGUAUGUUUAGAAGAAGUUACUCAUGAAGAAGCAGUAACUGCCUUAAAGAACACAUCUGAUUUUGUUUAUUUGAAAGUGGCAAAACCCACAAGUAUGUAUAUGAAUGAUGGCUAUGCACCACCUGAUAUCACCAACUCUUCUUCUCAGCCUGUUGAUAACCAUGUUAGCCCAUCUUCCUUCUUGGGCCAGACACCAGCAUCUCCAGCCAGAUACUCCCCAGUUUCUAAAGCAGUACUUGGAGAUGAUGAAAUUACAAGGGAACCUAGAAAAGUUGUUCUUCAUCGUGGCUCAACGGGCCUUGGUUUCAACAUUGUAGGAGGAGAAGAUGGAGAAGGAAUAUUUAUUUCCUUUAUCUUAGCCGGAGGACCUGCUGAUCUAAGUGGAGAGCUCAGAAAAGGAGAUCGUAUUAUAUCGGUAAACAGUGUUGACCUCAGAGCUGCUAGUCAUGAGCAGGCAGCAGCUGCAUUGAAAAAUGCUGGCCAGGCUGUCACAAUUGUUGCACAAUAUCGACCUGAAGAAUACAGUCGUUUUGAAGCUAAAAUACAUGAUUUACGGGAGCAGAUGAUGAAUAGUAGUAUUAGUUCAGGGUCAGGUUCUCUUCGAACUAGCCAGAAGCGAUCCCUCUAUGUCAGAGCCCUUUUUGAUUAUGACAAGACUAAAGACAGUGGGCUUCCCAGUCAGGGACUGAACUUCAAAUUUGGAGAUAUCCUCCAUGUUAUUAAUGCUUCUGAUGAUGAAUGGUGGCAAGCCAGGCAGGUUACACCAGAUGGUGAGAGCGAUGAGGUCGGAGUGAUUCCCAGUAAACGCAGAGUUGAGAAGAAAGAACGAGCCCGAUUAAAAACAGUGAAAUUCAAUUCUAAAACGAGAGAUAAAGGGCAGUCAUUCAAUGACAAGCGUAAAAAGAACCUCUUUUCCCGAAAAUUCCCCUUCUACAAGAACAAGGACCAGAGUGAGCAGGAAACAAGUGAUGCUGACCAGCAUGUAACUUCUAAUGCCAGCGAUAGUGAAAGUAGUUACCUAAUCUUGAUUACAGAUGAGUAUGGCUGCUCAAAAGGUGGUCAAGAAGAAUACGUCUUAUCUUAUGAACCAGUGAAUCAACAAGAAGUUAAUUAUACUCGACCAGUGAUCAUAUUGGGACCUAUGAAAGACAGGAUAAAUGAUGACUUGAUCUCAGAAUUUCCUGACAAAUUUGGAUCCUGUGUUCCUCAUACAACUAGACCAAAACGAGAUUAUGAGGUAGAUGGAAGAGAUUAUCAUUUUGUGACUUCAAGAGAGCAGAUGGAAAAAGAUAUCCAGGAACAUAAAUUCAUUGAAGCUGGCCAGUAUAACAAUCAUCUAUAUGGAACAAGUGUUCAGUCUGUACGAGAAGUAGCAGAAAAGGGCAAACACUGUAUCCUUGAUGUGUCUGGAAAUGCCAUAAAGAGAUUACAGAUUGCACAGCUUUACCCUAUCUCCAUUUUUAUUAAACCCAAAUCCAUGGAAAAUAUCAUGGAAAUGAAUAAGCGUCUAACAGAAGAACAAGCCAGAAAAACAUUUGAGAGAGCCAUGAAACUGGAACAGGAGUUUACUGAACAUUUCACAGCUAUUGUACAGGGGGAUACGCUGGAAGACAUUUACAACCAAGUGAAACAGAUCAUAGAAGAACAAUCUGGUUCUUACAUCUGGGUUCCAGCAAAAGAAAAGCUAUGAAAACUCAUGUUUCUCUGUUUCUCUUUUCCACAAUUCCAUUUUCUUUGGCAUCUCUUUGCCCUUUCCUCUGGAGUCUUUCUUGAGUACUGAUUUCAUGUUGAAUUGUAUCCCACACAUCAUGGUCUGCAGCUUCUUUUUCACAUGUAGUGUCUCCUUCAAGUUACAUCGUGUGUAUUAUUUAAUGUCACUAUUGGUUAGUGGCCAUUUUUCAGAACUGAAGAUGGAAUGGCCUGACCAGCUAUUAAGAAUUUGGGGAGGCGCAGAAAUUGUGGUAAAAUUCCUUAAUGUUUAAGGGAAAGUAACUUUAAGAGAUUUUUGGAAAAGCUUUAUAUACAUUCUUUUCAAAUUUCAGUACAAAUGAAAAAGUGGUUUUAAUCAGUGAUUUAGUAGACUUUGAGCAACUGUGCACGCUUCAGUUUAAUAGCAUGGUUUGGCCAGUGUAUUACUCUCAAGUCCUUUUCUCAAUCAACUUCUAUCAUCAAAGCAAUUGUUUCAUUAUAGAUAAAUAAGGACAACAUUUUUUAAUUUAAAAAUUCAUGUCUGAGUUGACUUUCAUAAGGGAUUUCAUUUUUCCUCAGCAUUCUUAAAGCCUUUUAGUAUUUGACGGUUCUUUUUUCCCCAGACAUUUGCUAGGAAUAACAAUGUUUCAAUGUUUUUAAUCUACUUGAGCAACACUAUCGUGUCUUACAAAAGUUGUUCAUAUGUAAAUGAUCAUCACAUUUCGUGAAUUGAGGCCAUGUUCAGGUGCUAAGGAAGUUCGCCUUUUACACAGAAGGUUGAGAAAAUUUCCUAGAUAUAAAUACAGAUAAAUCAGACGUUACAGUGGUGACGUAGUAACCAUCAUGGCAAUGGAAAGGAGUCCAAUUCAUAGCCUAAAACUUCAGAUGUAUUCUUAGGAGUCAGAUUUUACUGAAUAUUUUACCCACAAUAGCUGCCUAUUUUGUUAUAAUAAAAUAUAUAUAAAUAUAUAUAUAAAACUUUCUUUAAACUGUAACUAUGGGAAUUAUUUUCUUUACAUAGUUGCGCACACACACAAACAUAUAUAUAUAUAUAUUUAAAAUAUAUUUUGUUUCUUUUGCCACCUACUCCUUUUUGUUUGGUUUUUAAAUUAAAUAUUAAUUGAAUAGACUUAUGUUCCUUAAUCAUGUGAACUGAAAAUGGGGGCAUGGUGGUCAUGAGGAGGAAACAUUUAGGGAAAUUAGAUGAUAAGUAAAAGUAUGGGCAUAUUCUCCUCUUUUCUACGAAAGUUUUCAAAUGGUUCCUGAGGUUUUUUGUUGUUGUCCUUGUUGUUACUGUUGUUCUUGUCAUCAGGUUUGAUUUUGGUCCUUACCCUUUCCUUCUAGUUCUCCUUUUAUUAAUAGGAAGGCAGGCAAAAGCCCCAUUUAUGUGUGUGUUUUCCCCUCAGACAGCUUUCAUCCACUGCUCUGCACUAGAAUUGCACAAAUCUUCAUGGUGAGCAAUUUUAAGAAAUGUUAGUGAAAGGUAGAAAUUAUUUCACAAAUCAGUUUCUCUGGUCCUUCAUAGUAAUAAUAAUAUUUGGCUUCCCAUUGCUCUUUGGAGUUGUUUAUUAAAUAUGUGUUUUUGACAACCUCCUCAUUACAGUUUCUUAAAGAAAUUAGUACUGGUUUGUAAAGAAUUAUCAACAUUAUCCAUUCCAUUUAUGAAGAAGAGGAGAACAGCUAAUAAACUGUAUUGUAAAAUCCA